GGCCCCACCCGGUUGGGGGCGUCGUGCCGAGCCGACGUCACCGCGCGAGUGACCCGCGGAUGGAACGCGGACAAAUGUAGCGAAUUGCGCUUCCGACUGCCGCGCGGGCGGCUGCGAGUGGCGUUGUGCCUGCGACUGCCUCCUCCUCCUCUUCCUCCCGCCCGUGAGGACCGGGGACCAUGUCGCUGUGAAGGAAGCCCCACGGGGGCAACCCCGACUGCCUGCCCGCCUGACUGCCCGGCUCCUGCUCAAGCCCCUGCGCUACCGGGCGCGCUUCGGCACGGAGCGGCCGACGUUGUGGCGAGGCCGCCCGCGACCCGCACGUCCCGGGCGACUGGAAGGCCGCUCCUCGGGAUCGUCUUUGUAGCAGCAGCAGCAGCAGUGGCAUCGGCAGCAGUGGCAGCAUUAUCGGUGGUAGUGUAAUAGUGGCAGCAUCAGCAGCAGUGGCAUCAUCAGCAUCAUCAGCAGUGGCAUCAUCGUGGUCCGCUCAUAACGGCUUUGUCAUCGUUAACAACAAUAACAGCAGCAGAAGCAGCGUGACAUCUCAACGUCAACAUCGUCACAACUUAUACUAAUCAUCGCAUCGUUUGACAUACCAUCAUCCGAGCUGAAUAGGGUCAUCGCAACAUCAUCAUCAUCAUCACCGCGAUGAGAUCAUAACACGGUCACGCAAAUUGCACAUCUCAUCAACGUGAACAUCGGCGUGUCGUCAAUAAAGCACCAUCACAACGCCUUCUGUGCAAGAUCGUGACUCCCGAGCUUGAGAACAAGAUCGUCUAACAGCCACGCCGUCUCCGCAACAACAAACCCAGAAUCUCUCAAGAUCACCAUCAUCAUCACCGCAGCAAGACGCGAUGCCGAGCUCUGCCCUCGUGGUCGCGGACAUGGAGCGGGUGGUGCCAGGGGCCGUGGCCCCGUCCGACCAGCACCGGGUCGCCCUGCAGAUGGCCUUCGAGAAGAUCAGCCUCAUGGCCCUGGGAGACACGGAGCGAGCCGUCCUCUACGGAGACGGAGGAGUCGGUGUCGGUGUCACAGACGACGGCUCGUGUGAGAGCGACCACUCCGGGGACAACGCGGGCAGCAGCAGCAGCAAUGGCAACAACAACAACGGUGGUGGUGGUGGUAGUGGAGCAAGUAACGGCAACAACGGUUGUGGUUCUGGUGGUGGUGUCAACAACAACAGCAACAGCAGGAGAGGAGGCAACACCACGGAGUGUGUGUGCGUGCCCAGCUCGGAGCACGUUGCGGAAAUCGUGGGCAGACAGGGCUGCAAGAUCAAGGCGCUGCGAGCCAAGACGAACACGUACAUCAAGACGCCGGUGCGGGGCGAGGAGCCCGUGUUCGUCAUCACGGGCCGCCCCGAGGACGUGUGCAUGGCCAAGCAGGAGAUCCUCUCGGCCGCCGAACACUUCUCCGUGCUCCGGGCCUUCCGCAACAAGCCGCCCGGCCCGGCGCUCGGCCCGGGGCCCAACCCGCAAUCCCUGGCCACGGCGGCUGGGGGGGGCGCUGCCGCGGGGGGGGCGGUCGGCGCGGCGCAGCUCCAACCUCCGCCGGCCGUGCCGGGCCAGACGACGAUCCAGGUGCGCGUGCCGUACCGCGUCGUGGGCCUCGUGGUGGGGCCCAAGGGCGCCACGAUCCGCCGCAUCCAGCAGGCGACGCACACCUACAUCGUGACGCCGAGCCGCGAGCGCGAGCCCGUCUUCGAGGUGACGGGCCUGCCGCACAACGUGGAGCGCGCCCGCGAGGAGAUCGAGUCGCACAUCGCCGCGCGCACCGGCAGCCUCCUCGAGUUCUGCGGCGGCGCCGGCGGCGUCGACGGAGAGAGCGACUUCCACGUCAACGGCAUGGACGUCGGCUUCGAGUACGGCGGCGGCGGCGGCGGCGGCGGCGGGUACCAGCCGGGCAGCCUGUGGCUCAGGCUCCCGCGCAAGCCUCUGUUCGCGGCGCCGUCGCGCAACGACAGCUCGAGCUCGCUGGGCAGCGUGUCGAGCGACUCGCGCGUCGGCGGCGCCGCGGGCUUCGGCCUGGUCGACGCGGCCGAGGGGGCGGCCGCGGCGGCGGCGGCGCUGGGGUCGCGGGCGGACGAGCCGGGGCUCUGGGCGCAGCUGGAGCGAGCGAACCCCAUCGCGGCGGCGCUGGGUGGCCUCCCGCACCACCCGGGGCGCGAGCGGGCCGCCUCGGCCAGCGGCUGCGGCUCCUCCUCCUCCGCGGCGCCGUCGGCGUCGUCGGCGUCGGGCGGCGCCGAGCACCACCCUUCGGCACGGCGCGUGCGCAGCGACCCGCUGCAGGCCAUGGUGGCGCACGGCCUGCCGGGCUUCCUGAGCGCCGAGUGGAGCCUGGGCCUGCUGCGCCGCGGAGGCCCCGGGGCGCCGGCGUCGCCGGGGGAGCAGCAGCAGCAGCAGCAGGGGCAGCCGCGCGAGUGCGCCGUGUGCCGGGAGAGCGCUGUGACGGCCGCCCUGGUGCCCUGCGGCCACAAGCUGUUCUGCAUGGAGUGUGCCAGCGGCAUCUGUCACGAGAACGAUCCCAAAUGCCCCGUCUGCCUCACGUCCGUCACUCAGGCCAUUCGCAUAUUCUCGUAGGGAGCG